AUGGCGCAAACACCAAAAGACACAGAUGUAUCUCCCAGCGGACCACCUGGAUUCAGAUCAUCCUGCAGGAUCAUACUAGGGUCGUCUUGGGCCAAUAUAUUGUUGCUUUCAAUCCCUCUCCCCUACUUGGUCACCCCGUUUAGCCCGCUCUGGUCGUGUAUUGCAUGUUUCCUCUCGGCUAUUCCUCUCCUCAAGAUCUUCGAUUUGUCGAUGGCCAAUAUCAGCAGCGAAUGGAGCCUGACGUCUGUUGGACUAUCUUCUGGAUCUAUCUUUGAACAAUUGAUUGCGUUUCAUGCCAUCUAUUAUCGCCAACCAGAUGUAGCUCUGCCACUAGCUCUCGGUUCCUUUCACUGUGGCAUUCUCCUGAUGACUGGCGUCUAUAUCUUGGUCUUCGGCAAAUACCUCGCGUUGUCCUCGUAUAAAUCUCCGGUGGUUUAUCACAACCUCGGCGUCUGCGCCCUCAGCCUAGUGCUCUCAAUGUGGACCUAUUGGCAAGGCGAUUACUUCCAAUCGUCUGCGGCCCCUAGCCUUGUGCUGGCUACAUUUGUUCUCCUAGGCUCCUUAUACAUCUACGCCGUCCAACUCCAUCAGCAAACGAGUGGACCAAGCCCCAGCCAUAGUAUCCAUCCAAAACGACUCGUGGUGGACCCGUCGACAAAUAUCAUCGUGGAAUUCAAACCCGAAGGGAAAACUGUCAAUUCAUGGUCUGCUACGCUGUCGCUGGUCCUAUCCUUCGGGAUGAUGAUUCCUAUCGCUUCACACCUUUUGGGCAGUACAAUGGCUUUAAUGCAUGAUCAUAUCCCUUUCCAUUUCACCAGCACGGUGUUCAUCCCACUCGUAAUUCGGCUGGCUGUCCUCCUCCCUUCCAUACACUCAGUCGUCCUGACCGAGGCUGCAUUGCUCAACGAGAUCAGACGUGGCAUGGAUUCCAUGACAGUGCAUUUCCCCAUCAGCGUCUUGGCAGCAGCUACGUUCGGCAAUCCGGUUUCCGUUCACAUGCAUCCGGUAUCCAGCUGUUUCUUCCUGUUUUCAAUCUUUGCAUUUUGGAUUCUGCAUGCUCAACGAGAAGAACGGAUGACGGGGCUCCCUCUCUUGGUUUUCUAUGUCACGUUUGCGCUCGCGGCGGCGACAGGGGUGCCAGUCUAA